UUUUGUGGGAGUGAGGGCCUAUAAAUAUGAUGUUUCCGGAUACCCACGACAAAGAAUGCUUCUUCUUUUCCUCCCUCAGGUUUUGGAGUAUCCAAAGAGCCCACAAAACUCUCACGACUGAUCAUCACUUCCUUCCAUGAAAGGUGCGCCAGAGCCUGCUUCGCAGUGCUCGAAGCAGUACUCACUAUGCAAAGUGAAAUGCCCAUGACCGCGAGCAGUCAUCCCUCUGGGUCCGGACAAGGCCCGAAUUUCGGGAGGUUCAUACCUCAGACUGGUCAAAAGAGAGGUUAUAAGAAUUGUUUACAGUGCCAUCAUGCCAAGAUCAAGUGUGUUGCAGUGCCUGGUCGAAGGUGCCAAGCAUGUCAGAGACGGGAAAGCAAAUGUAGCCAUGCCAUGGACAUCUCAUUGCCGGCACCCGGCGAGACGGCUCCUCAUCUUGAAGAGAGAUCUCCAGGUUUACCGCAGCCAAUUCGACCUUCAUUGAACAUGGACCCGGACCCGGACCCGGACCAGGCAAUGUAUGCUCCACGUGCAAACCUGCACCUUGGUUAUGGCGCAACGACGAACGUCGAACACUUCGGAAACAGGCAGCACGAGCACAAACCCUAUCCAGCGCUUUCAUCCGCUGCCCACGGUGCCUUGCCUCGUCCUCCGUUUCAGCCUUGGCCAACAUUCCAGCAACCAUGCCUCCACAGCAGCACAUACGGCAUGCACCCAGCAGCAGAAGUCGGCGCCAUGUGGUCUCCCAUGCCCAUGGCACCACAAUCUGGCUUUGAGCAAUACGCAAGUGGUGCGUCUGUGUUCGAGGAUGCCAGUCGUAUCUACCGCAACCCAUUCCACAACCUACUAGCUAAUGAUCACAACCACAUGAGCCACCAAGGAGGAGAGAGCGUGCUUUUCGACGCCGAAGAGGAAGAAGAGGGGGAGGGAAAGGAGGGAAAAAGAAAAGGGAAAAGGUAAAGGGAAAUAUCCAUCAAGCACCAGUCAUCAGAAGUAAGGUCAAGUGACCACGAACAGGCAAGAAGAACAUCCUUCAACAGGGUGUCUACAAGGAGCACAGUUACUGGGAAGCUGGAUGCAUCAACACCAGCACGAAUCCGUCAUGGCUGAGUGUCCCAUCA